GGCACCAAAAACUUGACUCGCUCCUACCGUCACUCUAGAAAAUGGCCAAGUGUAACCACCUCCUAAAGCGUAGUAUAGUGGGUUUGGGUUUUAAUGUCAACCCGGGUCCUAGAUGUGAUGACUACUCCGUGAGUUCUUAUUAUUUAGCAGUGAAACUUUAAUGAAGAUCCAAACAAUCAAACAAGCAAAGCAAGUAAAAAUGUUGUUUUCAAGUCGAGAGAGGUCACCCGGAUAUGGUUCCCCCUAGACUGCAGUUAAGCCAGAUUGUAAUUUACCAAGUUUAGAUUCAAUGAUAGUUAUACUGCGGGAGAUUCUUAAACAGUAUGAAGUCUCGACUAAAGCUCUCCAGACCCUCUCAAUCUGAGUCUCCAGUGGGCGACUAACCUCCACCGGAGUAAACAAAUUGAGGCCCUAACGAACCAAACCUCCACUACCGAAGUAAAUUCGGUGCAGAAUAGUGAAUUGACUCCUCGACUAAAGUCGCCAAUUCACUACCUUCAAUCAAGGGUGCUCUAUCAACCUAGGUAGAUAUUCUCUUUCUAGGUUAAAGCAGAAACAACAAGAAUCUGAUCACGAUUCAUGCCAUUCAACAAAUCAAACCUCAAUUGAACAUAAUCAUACCACUGACUCUGUACUUGGGUUCAUACAAUCAGACCUAACAUACAAAUCUAGGGUUCUUCAUACCCAAGUGAAUAAGAAAGUUACUCCAUAGAGAGAGAUAGGAAAUCUAGCUCAGAUGCGGAAACCAUACUGUGAAGGAUGGGAAUCUACUUCUGGCACCCAAUCAGCUCUUCUCCAAGCUCAAGUUGCGCUCCAAUGGUGAUGGAGAUCGAUCAAGGACACUUGCAGAAUCAGGUUCAUCACUUUCUCUCUCUAGGUAUCGCUUUUUCUCUCUAAAAUUCGGAGCCCUUCACUUUUGCCCUUCUUUUCCCUUAAGAAGUUGUCUGUCGCGAUCCCCGGUCUGAAUACCCGGUCGGGUAUUUUGGGUGGCGACCGGUAUUAUCAAAACGCACCGUCAGGGAACAGGGGAAAAUCCCCGGUCAAGGCCAAGAAUCCCUGACCGGGGAUUUUUGCUCACUGCCCGGGCCCCCUUCUGCUUCUCAGAGACGCCCGAAGCAUCACAUCCCCGGUCUGCUCCAAAUAAUACCCGGCCGGGUAUUUCUGCCCAUGGUCGGGUAUUUCGCUCCUCCAGCACACUUCACCCCAAACGUGCUCCUUUCGACCCGAAACUCGUUUCUUCGCCUCGAUGCCAACGCUAAGCCCUGAAAUAUGACAUAAACGCACAACCUAGCGGGAAAUCCGCUUAAAACACGAGAAUCAACAUCUCAAACGGCUCAAGAAUAGAGGUAAAAACAUGUGCAAUCAAUAGCCUAUCAAAGUUCUAUUCGGAUUUAUUAAUUUUGAUUUCCUUCUUUAAGAAAAUUCUUGCUACACCCCGACCUUUGGGUUCAGGUUCGACUAUAAUACGUGAACGGUUGGAUUAAUGGUUACCUACUAAGGAUUGCACCCGCGGAAUAAUUAAUAAUAAUAACUAUUAUAAUAAUAAUUAUUAAUUUAAAAAUAAUAAUAAAUAAAGAGGACUGGGGGGCCGAGCGGCCCUCCCAAUUGUGUCCCCAAAUCAACCGCCGCCCUCACCAUUCUUUUCCCCAGAAGCUCUCGUCCCAAAUCAGUUCCUCCCCGCCGCCAUUACAAGUGGAAGAGAGAUCCAAUUCUUUGUGCUUCCGCUAGACCCUGUCGAACUCCAUGCAUCGGCGGCAACCUAUGUCGUUGCCUCUCCUCUGUUCGGCUGCGGCUUCAAGGGAAGCUAGGUUACGUUGCUCGAUUUUGAGAGAUUUGAGCGGUGGAAAGGAGGAGGCCAAAAAUGUGGAAGUGGCUGCUUCAUUAGGCAGUUUAGGCUCUAUUCUGACAUUGCCGCGCCAUCAAACCUUCCCAGUCCCAACCGAUCAUCACCGCCCCAACUACUUUGAAUCGCCAUCUUUCCAUCGAGGCAGUCAAUAGGACAAGAAAAGCUGGGGGCGAGAGGAACUUGGACAGGGAUCGAUCAAGGACCCUAGUUCUAAUGGGACAAAGGUAAAUUUUUGUCCCCCUACUUUAUGUGUUCACGCCCAAAACUUUGAUAGUGAGGUGGCUUGGUGGAUUUGGACGGAUGUGGCAGGAUCACGUGGGGAGGAUAUAUGGUUAAGAUUACAAAGAGUUCAUUAUAAGGGUAAUGUAAUUCAAAAUCGAUUUGUCAAAGAAGGAGGAGGGAUUUCUUCGAGUAAAGAAUCGAGGAGUCUUUCUUUCGAGGUGAGUGUAAAUGGGGUAAAUUCUACGCCUUACGUAUUCUUUUAAGUAUUAUGAUUUUAAGUAUUUUAGUGAAUGAGUUACUUUUGCUUGAUUAUGUUUAUGAUUGCUUAUUUGUGCUUUGCUUGAGCUAUGAUUGAGGUGAUUUUGUGCUAUUUGAGGUGAUUUUGUGCUAUUUGUGCUAUUUACCUUAAAGCGUUAUGUUAUGAGUUAUUGCUAAAGUUUAAGAAACAUGUCCUUUUGUUUUAAGAAGUACCUCACCUUCAAGAAGGUGAAGUCGUUGCCAUUUGAGAUUUGGAGAUAGAGCAGCAGUUAUGCCCUUGAGAAUCGUGGUGAAGAGCCACCACGAUAAGUUUAAGAUGUUAGGGGGAUGAAUCGUUACGACUUCCCUAACUAAGUUUAAGUUUAAGGAAAGCCUGAAUGGCUUCUCAUACGUAUGAGUUGGCAACCGGACUAGCUAGUGAGGGAUCCCAGUGUCGGUCAAGUAUUUAAGUCAAGCUUUGAGAUUUAAGAAUGGAGUAGCAGUGACUCCCAUACAGUUUUAAGAGUUAAGCUUUUUAAUAGUGGAAGUACAAAACAACUUCCACUCAGUUAAGUAAAGUGAUCAAGCAUUAAUAAGAUGUUAAACGUAAGGGCGUAGACUGACCCCAACUCACUCACCAGUUUGAAGAGGAAGAAGCUAGAGGAGCAGUUAGAGAGCAGUGGGAUCGAGAGAAACAGUUCGAAUGAAGCUAGCUAGAGAAGGACAGUACAAGUGCCACUGAGGAUGUCUGGUCAAGGCUUUCAGGAAGCAGUAGCAUUAGAGACUUUUUAGUUGUUUCAGUUUAUGAUUAUGAGAAUAGGCUGGAGAUCAUUUUGAGAUUUUAAGGUUUUAGUUUGCCCAAGUGUCAAGCUUUGUGUUUAAGUAAUGACAGUUGUUUUUGGUAUUUAUUAAAUUUAUUUAUGAAAUGUUUCCGCUAUUUUUCUAAGUAUUUUCAGUUCUUAUUUUACUUCUCGGUUUAUUGAGGGUAUUUUGGUAAAAUUAGUACCCGGCCGGGUUAGGGUGUUUCAAUUCUCAAUCUUCAACCAAAAGGGAAAGUCUGAAGGUCUCAUCCUAUAUAAAUAGACUAGCUUACUUAUAACCCGACCCGUUGGUCGGGGGAGCUGAGCCGAAUAUUGAAUUAUUGGGAUAACCCGUAGAUUCAACCAUUAAGCUAAAUUGGCCUAAUGGUGAGUACCGCCUACCAUAUCCCUAAUAAUCAUACCAAAGUGAAUAUAUUGGAACAUAAAUAGUACAUCAGAAGUUGGUACAACCAUGAAGUUAGACCAUUAAAAACAUACCAAUGAAAUUGAAUAGCAUCAAAAAAAUUCAACUUCAUUAUAUAAUUACACGAGAUCAUAAAGAGAACAUUAUUAAUUUGCUUUAUAAAACGUUCAUCUUGUCGUCAUUGUGCUUUCUGGUUUUUGUCAGGGCAUGAUAAAAUCUAAGGAAAUCAAGAACGAACAACACGAUUUCGGAUAGGAACCGCCGUUGUCGUAUUCCUAGAAAAUGGUGGUAACACGGACUCACCUGCCAAACUGGUUUGGAUUGAGAUUUUUAUCAGGUAUUAGGGAACCAUGUGAUUAUAAAUUAGAUUCGAUCAAAACGGGCCAAACUUAAAAUUCAGUCUGUUUGACCGACCCAUGCAAAAUUCUAAUUAUUCGUUACUUUUAAACUUUCUAUUUGAAAAUAAAAAAUAGUGAAAUAAAAGAGAUGACUGUAAUUCGCCAUUUGCACAUCACUUGUUUGGGAAUAAAACCAUAUAAAUUCAAAAGGAACUGAAAAUGUUUAGGAUCGUUUUAAUGUUUAAAAUAACCAAAUAGAUCUUUCUGUUUAGUUUUUUACUAACAAAUACCAAAUGAUUCCCUAUAAAAUACACUAUAAUUUUAUCAUUAUGAUAUCAAAUAAUUAUAUAAUAUAUAUUUGAAAUGAUAAAAAUUGGACUAAUUGGGUUGGUCGAGGUUGAACCAUUGAAUAACUUUAAAAUACAGUAUAUUUUAGCCACUAAGAUAUAAAAUAAUAGCAUAAUAUAUAUUAUGCCAGAAAAAAUAGCUUGUUUUAGAAUGUCAAACCAAUGAUGUUCAUUUGUUUUACUUGAUAGCCAAAUCCCGUGUUGGUCAGGCCUGUUCAACUCUUUUAUUUUAUGGUUAGCGGUUAGCCCAUUAGAUACCAUGCAUUAGUUUAUUGUUAAAUUUUUUAUUUUUAACAAUAAAAAGAAGUAUUUUUUUUGCCUUUUCAUAUAUAUUUUAUCACCACGAAGAAAUAAAAGGGUAUAAAGAAAAAAAUUGACACUCCUGGACCCGUUUAAAUCCGCAUGUGUACGGUAAGUUGGCCCGUUCCACGGAGGAAAGAGAAAAAAAUUGACACUCCCUAUUCUACCCUUCCUACAAACGCUCCUAGAGCAGGGAAUUUGAAAUGGGGGAAGAGUUUUUUUCACCCUGCUAUUAUAUGUUUUUAAUUUAGAAAGGUACAACAAAUGUACUUAUUGUGAUUGGUUAUUAUCCUUGCCUUUCUUUAAAAUGGUCAUGGUUCGAAUCCCAGUACGUAUCUUUUUAAUGAAUAAAAAAAAGAAAUUGUGAAGACCAAAAUGUCCUUCCUACUUUCACUCUCGUUGCAGGAAAUUUGAAAUGGGGAUCCCGUUUUCCCCUUCGGCGUAUUAUAAGUAUAGUAGAUAGAUAGAUAGAUAGAUGAGUUGCCUAACCCUAGAAAGAGAUAUAGAGCAAAAACACGAAGAGAGUGAGAUUAAAAGAGGUCUGAUUCCGCACAAGCUGAGAGAAAACAAAGAGUGUUUAUAUUAUCCUGGAGGUGACAGUCUGAUAGUCUGUCGUGCGCAUUACGAGGCUGUGCUGCAAAUGUCCGGUUCUUAACAGGAGCCACUAAGGGCCAAGGUAGGUCAUUUGCAUCACCUUGGCCCAACAAUAUAGUAAUGAAUUUUUAUGUGAUUAUGGGUUGGAUACAAAAUCUCCUUAUUAUUGUAAUAAUUUUACAAACCAAUAAUAUUUUGUGAUCUCUAUUUAUCUUAUGAUUAAUAUAUUUUAAAACUUAGUUUAAUAUAAACGAAAACUCAAAACUUAUUGAUGUUUGUUGCUAUUGGUUGCCUUUGAAAGUGCUGAAAGAAUCCUUACAGCAUUGACCAACAUGAAAAAAACACUUCAAAAUAAGAUGUGUGAUGAAAUCAUAAAUUAUUUUUCGGCAAAAUACCUUAAGAAUGAUAUCCAUCGUAAUUUGUAUGAUAAAUAUAUUUUGAAAACUUUUCAAUAUACGAAAACACAUUCUUAAACUUUAUUUUUUUUUUCUCACAUUUGACCUACCUUAGAUGAAUUCCUGUCUACACCACUUAAUAGGAGUACCAAUUUAAAAGGUGGCAAUGAGCAAAAGCACUCCCAAUAAGUAACACAUGGUAUGCAUGGCUAUGGCAGGAGACUAGUAAUUGAAUUACAAUGAUGGUGGUUGGGUUUAUUGUUCGUGUCAGUAUAGGACUGAACAGAGUUGCGUGAUGGGUUAGCUAGUGGAUUGCGAGCUGUUUGUGAAUACAAUGCAUGAUUUCAUGCACGUAGAGUUUGCUCGGGAUGCAAUGAAGAUGGGAGAUGCCCGAUCGAGACUAAGUUAUCACGUUGACAUAGUUGCAUGAGCUAGAGAUUUCGUAGUUGGUGCACUUCGAGCAAAGAGUUUUAACGUCAGGUCAGGGGCGGAGCCAAGAUUUCGAGACCGGGGGGCAAAAAAAAUUAAACAAAAUGUAUGUAGUCAUGGUGGAUCAAACCCAUGUUCUUUAGAAGCACAAGUCAAGCUUGUCUACCAUUAGACUACAUGACUAUUACACAACAAAAUUUACGGAACAAGUUGUACUUAUAAAAUUUGUACUAAAUAUCCUUACGAUCCUAGGGGCUGGGACCAAUCCCGGGGGGGGGGGGGACCCUACCUUACGUGUAGCUCCACCUCUGCGUCAGAUGCUCAGUUCGGGUCAAUCCAAUUUUACUAAUAAUUAAGGUGAGUGUAA